AUGAGGAUGAAGGUAGUAGCUAGUGAAAAAGCUGUGUUAGCACUUGCUGCAGUACUCGUCGCGACGUUGCCGUCUGGCGGCGCGGCAGCACCAGCUGUGACAACAGCCACUGGGUUGCUGGGCAGUAACCACUGCACGAGGAGCUGCGGCAACAUCAGCAUCCCAUACCCGUUUGGCGUGGAGCCCGGCUGCUACCACGCCGCCUGGUUCAACCUCACCUGCGACGACUCCUACCAGCCACCCAAGCUGUUCCUUGGCGACGGCACCGUGCAGUUGCUGCACAUCUCGGUCGAAAACAGCACGGUGCGCAUCAACAGCACCGCCGUGCAGUUUCAGUAUGAUGCUAGGACCGUUUUCGGGGCAUGGGGCGUCGCUAACCAGACAUGGGGCCUCGGGCUCCCAGAGACCGGGCCGUACUUCCUGUCCGAAUCAGCUAGCAUGGUCGAGGCGAUAGGGUGCGGCAUCCAGGUCAGCAUAAUAGGACCGUAUGACAACUUGGUCAGUUCUUGCUCUGCUAUAUGCCCCUUUUACAGGACGUCCGAAGAUAGUGUUCCCGUUUACUGGACGUCAACAAAUGGCAGCGGCAGCAGCUGCACUGGCAUUGGUUGCUGUCAGGCCAGCAUCGCUCUAGGCUACUCUUUCUACACCAUCCAGAGUGACCGGAUUGCUCCCUUGUCAUCCUUGCACGGACCUAUUUCUGUACACAUAGUCGACCAGAGUUACUCGAAUUGGAAUGACAAAAAAAAUAAUCCUGAAGUGCUUCUGGCCACACUAGACUGGAUAAUUAGUAGGAGUGAUUCAUUAGUAUGUCCAACAAAUAAUAAGACCACCGCCCCCGAGUGUGUCAGUACCCACAGCUAUUGCCGAGACUCUUCUUCCUUGGUCCAUAAUGGAUAUACGUGUCAAUGCGCAGUUGGUUAUCAGGGUAAUCCUUAUGUUCAAGGUGGAUGCCAAGAUAUCGACGAGUGCAAAUACCCGCACCAAUAUGUUUGCUAUGGUGUCUGCAAGAAUACACCAGGAAGUUAUAUUUGCCAAUGCAACACGGGCUAUACAGGCAAUGUUACCGUCCCAAAUUCAUGCACAGAUAUUGAUGAGUGCAAGCACAAGGAAGCAUACUCGUGCUAUGGGACAUGCCAAAAUUUCCUGGGAAGUUUCCAGUGCCAAUGUCCUGAAGGAACCUAUGGAAAUUCUUCUAUAAAAGGGGGAUGCAUUACAAUCAAGAAUUCCUUCACAGGUUUCAGCAUUGGGCUAGGAGUUGGUGGUGGAACAGGUCUUUUGCUUCUAGUCCUUGGUGGACCCUACAUAAUACGUAUAAUCAAGUUUCAAAAGGUGAAAAAGAAGAAACAAAUGUUCUUUGAGCAAAAUCAUGGGUUACUCUUGCAACAGUUAAUAUCACACAACACAGACAUUGGUCAACGGAUGAUAAUUACCUUAAGGGAUCUAGAGAAGGCUACAGAUAACUUUGAUAGAGCUCGUAUAGUUGGUGGUGGAGGACAUGGAGUUGUGUUUAAAGGAAUUCUAGAUCUGCAUGUUGUGGCAAUCAAGAAAUCAAAGAUAAUAGUUCAAAGAGAAAUUGAUGAUUUCAUAAAUGAAGUUGUGGUUCUUUCUUUGAAUCAUAGAAAUGUAGUGAAGCUCUUAGGAUGUUGCCUUGAGUCCGAAGUCCCUUUGCUAGUUUAUGAGUUCAUUUCAAAUGGAACCCUUUAUAACCAUCUUCAUGUUGAAGGACCAAGAUCGCUAUCAUGGGAAGAUCGAAUGAGGAUUGCAACAGAAGUUGCCAAAGCUCUAUCCUAUCUACAUUCAUCUGCUUCAAUGCCGAUAUUUCACAGAGAUGUUAAAUCCUCCAACAUACUUCUUGAUGAUGCUUUAACUGCAAAGGUAUCAGACUUCGGAGCUUCUAGAUAUAUCCCGAUUGAUCAAACAGGAGUGGUUACAGCAGUUCAAGGAACAUUUGGCUACUUGGAUCCAAUGUACUACUACAAAGGCCGACUAACAGGCAAGAGUGAUGUUUUCAGUUUUGGUGUUGUUCUUAUAGAACUACUUACUCGAAAGAAACCAAAUGACUAUCAGUCUAUUAAUGGUGGCAGUCUUGUUUCACAUUUUGUCUCACUUCUAGCAGAAGGAAAAUUAGAUGACAUAAUAGAUCCUCAAGUCUUGGAGGAGGAGAAGGAUAGAGAACUCCAAGAAGUGGCUGCACUAGCAUCAUUGUGUACAAAAUUAAACGGAGAGGACAGGCCUACAAUGAGGGAAGUGGAGAUGACACUCCAAAAUUUUCUUGUUAAAAGGAGGCAGGUUGCAAAUAACCAGAGUCAUGAUGCGGACAUUACUAUGCCUCACUACUACAUGUCAACUCAACGAGCUAAAAACGAAGCAAGCAGGCAAUACACCAUGGAAGAGGAGAUAUUGUUGUCAGCAAGCUUCCCACGAUGA